AACGAUUAGGUACGAAAAAAUCUAACUUGUUAUAGACAACAGCAUACCACAGAUGAAGUCAUUUUUUGUUUCUUGUCUAUAGAUAAGAUGGCGGGUGAUGAAACUGACAGCAAUUUAAAGCCUUCCAGUGUUGCGAUCAUAAGAGAAGUUUAUGAUAGCGAAAAUGCUCACCUUAAAUUUGAAAUGGAAUUGGAAAGAGCACUUGAGGCUGGUGUGAGCGUUAUUGUUAUAGAACCAGAGCCACUAGGAGAAGAGACAGCUCGUUGGAUAUAUGUAGGAAACCUCUUGCAUAAGGUCUCUGUUUACAGUGGCCUUUGCGGCAUUGCAUCAGGUCUGAUGUGGAAUUCUUUAGCCUGCACACCCUUUGGUAUUGUAUCGAUUCUAUGCUCUGGUUGUUACACACUAUCGUGGCAGUGGGACCCAUGCUGUAAAUAUCAAGAGGAGAAAAAUCGAAGGCAUAUAGCGACACUGCCAAUGUUGAGUGAUCUAACUUCUGCUUCGCCUGUUGUGCUAGUACAUACAGAUAAUAAGCGAAAAAUUAUAUUUCAUAAUGCUAUAUCAAUAGCGGCUGUUGGAAUAUGCUUAUGGAGGUUAUACAAUACUUUUAAAUGAAUUUAGUGUUGAAUGUAUUAUGCUAAAUAAUACAAAACUAGCACAUUUCUAAGUAUUUAAGUUAGUGAAUAUUAUAUUAUAGUGCUCAUGUUAUUGGUUAUCUAAAGUCAAAUUCUUUACUAUAUAGAUAGCAGAUUGUAAAAAUUGUAUAUUAUGUUAUAUAGUAGAAUUAGAUAUGUACAAAAAUGUUUUAUUCUAAGCUUGUAGUUUAAAAAUG